CUGCCCCCGUCUCGCUGGCCAGGCCCAAGGGACAGAAGGUCAAGGCAGAGCGCAAGGAGCUGGGGAAGCAGCAGGAGCCGACCCAGGCCGAGCUGGAGCAGUUUGCGGCUGAGUACGUGAAUAACUUGGUGAGGGAGACAGCGCAGCAGCUGCAGGCAGAGCAGCCGGACGAGCCGAGGGUGACGGUGCAGAGCGGGGGACACGAGCACGCAGGGUGCCACUUCUGCAGCCCGGACACCAGGGUGCUGCUGGGGAAGCUCCUCCAGCGCUGCAAGAAGCUCGAGGAGCAGGUGGAGUCCCUGGCCCAGAAGGCGGGCGGCAAGGUGGAAAAUUAUCCAAAGUGGAGGAGACAGGUAAGGAGAUGCGGUGUAGGGGGCUUGAGCUGCCAGGACCCCCCAGGCAUUUCUGCUUGGCUGUAACGUAGGGGAGCCCCUCGCUGCCCCCCUAAUUGGCUUGUCGGAGUCAGAAGAAUGGAAGGGAAUUAAAGCCUUUGAGCAAAUGUCCUGCUUGCACUGAGAGCCCGUGGCCAUCAGCCAAAAUACCCUGGGUCUGUCCCCGCGGGGCAGCCACCCCCUUGCUCAGCACCGCCUUGUCCUCUUAGUCCCUGCAGCAGGACGAGCAGAUCAAGUGCCUCCAGGCCAGCAUCAUGCAGCUCCAAAAGGACUAUGAGAAGUUCAGCUCGGCCCUUGCAAACCUCCAGCAGGAUCGCCAGCAGGAGCAGAAUGACAUCAAGGUGGGUGGCUGAAAGCCCCAAGCAGAGCCCAGGCUGGGACCCCAAGGGGUCUGUCCCCCUGCCACCCUGCUCGCAGCCCUGCACAGCUUCCCAGUGCCUUUCCUGGAGGUUUCUGAUGGGGUGGGGAGGCAGGGGGUGCUCGGCUGGCCGGGGGGCAGCUCACGGGCUGCUGUCUGCCUUGGAAGGCUCUGUCCCAGGCCCUGGAGAGAAUCAAGAAGCAGAAAGCAGACAAGGAGGAGCUGCUGGUGCUGGGAAUCGAUGAGGUACGGGCUCGAGGGGCCCUGGUGUUUUGGGCCAAGGGUGUUUUGGGCAGGGUGACAAACACCCCUUGUCCCUUGGGUGCUGGCUGGCAGAACCAGCCAGGUGGGGGGAGGAUUUCCAGCCCGGCUGCAGGUCCCAAGCCAGGUCCCUCUGUCACUGCAAGUCCCUUCGGCUGGCGGGACCAACCCCACAGGGGUGAUGGGGUGAACAGGGCCAAGUCUCCCACUCCUGUUGUCACUCCAUCCUGUCUGCAACCACUCUCCUGUCUUUCCCCAUUGCUAGAAAGCAGACAAAGACAAAGUCAGUCGCAGCCAGUUUGAGGCGUGUGUGGAGCAGCUGAACAAGGUGAUGGAGGAGGUGACGGUCCAGGAGAAGUUCUUGCACCGGUUCCAGCAAGAGCUCCAGAGACAGAUGGACUGCAAGCUGGACCGCCGGGAGCUGGGGGCAUUCCAGCAGCAGCAGGAGGAGCGGUGGAAGAACCUCAGCGGGCAGCUCCAGGAGAAGGCGCUGAAGCCAGAGCGUGACAGUGCCGCUGGGAUUAGGAAGUGAGUGCGAUGGGGACAGUGGUGGCUUUGGCAGUGCUGGCCCUGUUCCUGCUGGCUGUCCCGGCUCGUGCCGGUGUGGUACCUGGCGUGGACGCCAUGUGGGCAGCGCCCCUGGGGAUGCUGAGCAAGUGGCUGUGCCUUGUGCUCCUGCCAGCUGCAGCUUCGCAGCGAUAGAGGCGGCACAAUGAGGGGGCACGUGUGGGAGGAGCCCUCCUGAACCAGUCUUGGGGGGUGGGUGCAGAGGCUUUUUGUGGCUGGUGUGCAGGUGGGGCUGUGCCCCCCAGGAGCUCCCCAGCCCUUUUCUCCCCCCUCCAGGCAGCUGCUGCCUGGUUUCCAUUGCCUGUCCUGUGACCGGCCCCUCAACAUGCUGGCGCCUGGACCGGAGCGGACGGGCGAGUGCAGAUACCCCACUGUUCCGCGGAGCUGUGGGGGCCCACACACUGUCAGGCCCCCGCGCUUCCAGCCCCAACCGCCCAGCACCCCACGGCCAUCCCAACCCAGUGCCCGCCGCCCCAACAAGAAGGACGCGAUGCAUCUGUCGGGCCAGGACGGCACUGAUGGGAACCAACCGAACAAGCAGCCGUCUGUAACGGAGAGCCCUGGGCUGCCCUCAAGGCAAAGGGGGAUGCCAGACACCACAACCUCGAGCAGCCAGCCAAGCACCGCCUCCCCGCUGCUGUUAGCCGUGCUGAAGUGCCAACCAGCCUCAUCUCCCGGACGCCUCACCCAGGCACCGAAGCUGCUGCCACACCGCAUUAAAUCAGCGCCCUGACAGCCGGGCAGGACGGGGGUCCCGGCCCCGGUCCCACCGCCCCGGGCGCUGAGCAGGCAGCAGCUGCAAUAAAUGGCGAUGGGCAACCAA